GUGGGCAGUGGUCAGAGCUCCUUGUUGGGCGAUCCUCCAAAAGAAGUCAGACUGCCCUCCAACCCUUACCUGAACCUCGCCAGUGUGAUGCCAGGGGUCGUUUUGCAAGGUUCAGUGGGGAAUAAAGCACAGGGUGGACAGCCCGGCUCAGGAGUGUACGGCAGCCCGGUUGCUCCCGUCGUCUCCCAAAGCUCUGGCUCCUACCCCCACAGCGGUACAGCAACAACCACAGCUCCUUAUACCACUGAUACCUCCACUGACUACAGCCAAUACAACCAGGCCUACACACAGGAGGCCAUGCAGCAGUGGUACCAGCACUAUCAAGCAGCACAAGCUCACACAUACAGCAAUGCUGCUUCACAGGACAGCACGGCCACAGACUACACCAAGGAGCACACUCAGGCUCCACCAGUCACGACCUACGGGGAUUACAGUUCCUACAUGCAGGCGGUCACUCAGUACUACUCCCAGCCUGCAGCAGUGAACCAAGCCUACGCCACCAAGGAGGUGGAUGUGUGUAAGCCUCUAGGAGUGUCUCUGCACGCGGUCAGUAACGGUGCCGCCCCUCCGCCGGCCGUCCUUCCAGCUGCUGCCGUGCUCCCGGCUUACAGCACCCUGCCUUUAAUGCCCGGCUUCCUCGGACCGCCGCACCCGGCCGGAGCCGCGCCGAACCCAGUUACGCACCCACACACUGCCGCUACCGACUGGAACACUUACUACUACAACCAGACGAGGGGCCAUAAGAGAGAGUACCCUCAGCUGGCAGUGCAGGAAGUGACAUCAUCAGACGGUGCCUACAUCGGGCAGCACUCCCAGGGCCUGGGAGGGCAGUACGCCGACUACUUCAAGAGGAAGAGGCUCUAGUACCAACCAAACCUACUUUAAAGCUUAACACUUAUAGAGGGGAGCAACAUGCAGCGUCUGCUGGAUGUCACAGCUCCCUCUAGUGGCCUUUCUGAGGUGGCCAAUUUUUGCAUCCCUACAGUAGGUAAUGAGUUUAUUAGAAGUGGGGAAUGCAAAUGGCUCAAGUGAAAGUAAGCCAUAGUGCUCUUUGAUUCUGGCACUUAUUUACACACACACACACACACACACUGACGCACACACACACAAACACGGUGUUGCUUUUGUCCUGUUCAAGCCUUAAACUCUUUAAACUUAAACUGUUGUUUCUCAGUGUGUCGACUGUACUUAACCUAAAUGAUCUUGUACAUGUUUUAUAUCACAAUGUAAACUUCAAUAUACUGCAUCUGUGCGUAUAAGCUGCUUUUGUAUUUGCGGCCAGGCGACCUGUGUGUCCGCCUGCUCAGCCUGUCUAUAGGACCUGUCUUACUCAGGUCUGUCUCCUUUGGAAAAAGACAAAAUGUGUCUUUUGUUGUUGCUUUUAUUAGUCAGUCCAAACUGAAAUCUGUUUGUUCUCGCUUCAGUGUCUUUUCUCUCUUUUCCUUUUAUUGCCCCAGGUUCCUCUUUUGUACCUCCCCCGCAGAGAAUUAAGAGUGCGUGUGUGUUAGUGUGUGUUUUAAUGCGUGUUUAUUUGCUUUUUUUUUUUUUCACUGUAGGAAGUGUCAGCCAUUUCACUCCCAUUGGUUUGGGAGCACAUCAGGAAAAACAAAAAAAAAAAGGGCCUGAACCAAUCAAAGCCCUUUAUUGUGGUGACUAACAAUAGCUUCCCUUAAUGAAUGGACCUUUGUGAAGGAGGAAAAAUCAAAGGCUGCUGUAAAUACAGUGUGUGUAAUACAGAAUAUAUAAAGCCAUGCGUAACAGACAAUAUCGUAUAUAUAACGGACGUUUCAGAGCUCGAGUGUGAGCGUGUUGUUCGACGUGAGUGAAAGGAGAACGUCGAUUAAGUGUCUACUUCUUUUGUCAAUCGAAACUGUUAUAUAUAUUUGUAAGAUAAUAUAUGAAUAAUAAUAAUAAUAAUAUUCCAACGCAAUUCAAGACAUUUCUAAGUAUUGAAGCAGAUUGUGUUGACUUUAAUGUAUUUUUUUUUCUUGCUUUGGUUUUUGAACAUUGAAGCCAAAUACUGGGGCCCAGUGCUUUCUCUUCUUUUUCUCUUCUCUUCAAUUUAACACCUGUGUGUGUGUGUGUGUGUGUGUGUGUGUGUGUGUGUGUGUGUGUGUGUGUGUGUGUGUGUGUGUGUGUGUGUGUGUGUGUGUGUGUGUGUGUGUGUGUGUGUGUGUGUGUGUGUGUGUGUGUGUGUGUGUGUGUGAGAGCUGUUGUGAUUGUGAGGAGGAAAAAAAAAGAGGCUCUACUUCCAUUUCCAGCUGCCAUUAGAGUGUUGAGGUUUCAGACUGACGGUGUCCUGGAUCCAUACUACAUACUGAGGAGAAGCUGAUGCUCUGAGAGUUUAGUAUCAGACAGUGAACGUGAUGUGAGUUUCCUUGUGAGGGAAAUGAAGAAUGUUCUUGUAAUAAUCUUUUUAGAAAACUUUGUUACUUUACUCCAAGAACACUUCUCUGAAAAGUUUAGAGAGACUUUAAAGUUGCAGUCUAAUUGAGAUAUUGAGAUAUUCUAAUUAACUUUUUGUCCCUUUUGCAUUCUUACUUCAAAAUAAUGUACACCGUGAAUCUAAAGUGUAUCUUGUCAAUAAGAAUCAAUAUAAUCCAACAGUCGAUCACCGAUCAUAUGCAAACAUCUGCUUUAGUCUAAAUCCUUAAAGCAAUGCAUUUCCUCUGACUGAGGAGCAAAGAAGACAGAACAUGUUCACUUUUAUAAAAGCUGCAGUCAGAGACGUUUGACUUCCUCUUACUCAAUCAAAGAGAAUUAAAGGAGUUGUUGAUUGACUCAGGCUCAACAAACGGACGCUCAGCUGCAUACAAGAUUCAAGAUUCAAGAUUCAAAAUGCUUAUUGUCAUGUGCACAGUAGGAAACAAGUUUCCCUGUACAAUGAAAUUCUUUCAAUGAAUGCCAACAAUAACAUAUUCAAAUUAAACAUAGCCAAAUAAAAAAAAAUAAUAAUAAAAACAAUAAUAAUAUAUACAAAUAUACAAGAAAAUAAGGCAAUUUGAAGGCAGUAGAGUGCAAAUAGAAAAUGUAAACUGCAAAAAAAUGAGUGUAAUAUGUGCAAACUGAGCAUCUUCUUUAUGGUAUGAGAUCAGGACACCGUCUUUUAUCGGGUGAGGGGCUGUACGAUUUUCACAAUAAAAGAACGUGUGUGUGUUUUUCGACGGUGCUGAGAGAAUUAUCACGCCGUCUCUUUUUUUAUUUUAUUUUGAAGUUGCCGCCGUGGGAAAAGGCGACUUAUCGAUUGAAAUCUUUUGCAGAGCUGAUUAUUAUUAUUAUUUUUUUUAAAAGCUGCUUUUACAAAAGAACAGUGGAACGAUUUCUUUACUCGUUAUUCUGUUAUUGUUUUUAAAAUCUAGCUUAUAGAGCAAGAGGCUUUGAACUGAACUAUACUUCAUGUCAAAGAGAUGUGUUUUGAUGUUGAUCACAAAGGGCGGGGGGGGCUUGUUAUUUUGAAACCACAGCUUGGACAUGAGGGGACGUCUCUUGUCUUAAAAGGAACAGGCAAUAAUAACUCCGGCUCCUUCUUCUACUGUAGAAAGAUGAAUGUAAAAAAAAAAAUGUUUCUCUUCUGGUGUAAAUGUUUUUUUGCCUUUCACGCAGCGUUAUAUACUCUUACAUUGUGGCUCAAACACUUAGUAAAAUAGUUUUUUUUUUUUACUAUUUGUACGUGUGUUUGCUCACGAUAUAUACCCCGAGUAGAAAUACCAUGCUCACACACUGUGAAACGCAAAUGCAGGUGAUAUCAGAUGCACACACACACACACACACACACACACACACACACGUACAGCUCGUCCUGGGCAAAGAAAGAAACAUAACGCAGACACAACAACAGAUGAGCCGAGAGUAUCUGUAUGCUUAUUAAGUACUAAUAAAAAUGAAACUAAGGGCAA